AUGGAGGUAGACGAACCGGAUCACGAAGGAGCUGCUGCGAGCAUCGCAGGCCUGGGCUCAUCCAACACAGUAGCCCCGUCUGCCGAACAGAAAGUCGUCGAGAUCGAAGUCCGCGGUCUGAAGGCGAGGGUCUUCUUGAACUGUCCCGAAGAAGACCUCAUCCCUUCACGAUACCUCAAAAAAGCCCAGCGAUCACCCAUGGUGCAACGCAUAAUCUGGCUCUUCCGCCGCCAACAGAAUGCGCGCCAGGUCAAUCUGAACCGGUGGUCGACGGUCGACAUCCGUUUCCGAGGGGUAUUUAAGACACUCAAGAAGGUACCGCUAUUUCGCAAGGGCUUGUAUGAAGAUGACGCAAGCCAUGAGGAUCCUCCGGCGCGGAGAUACGACUUUGCCAGUGCCGCCAGGGCGCAGGGACAAGUCGUCUAUGCUCUUCUUGACGAGGUCCUGGGUGUCCUGAGCAUCACGCGUGAAACAGAGGAUCCCGAGUCUUAUUUUUGUCUUCGUGCGCGACUGCUAAACUGUCAAUUGGAAUACUGGACUGGAUAUCGUGAGAAGUAUAAGGAUGCCCCGGUUACGGCGGGAUUGUUAGCCCUCAAAUAUUACCCAGAGCAACAGUCUACGCGUGCGGUUCUCCCUGUAUCCACGACAACAGAGGAGCACGAAUCCCUGGAAUCAGCCCUGGAAGGAAAGUUUAAGCUGCUGCUCUCGCAGUUGCUCAUGAACAUCCACCGCUUGCACCCUCCUGGCGACAAGUUCCCCGACCAAGAACGGCCGGCACAACGCAUCCGGGACGACACGGAGAUGAGGCGGCUCGUUGUCAGCAAUGCUGACCAGCGGUUCUACGGCCAGCAGAAUCUGGAGCGGUUCAUGCAGAAGGUCGAGUGGCUCCAACUGUCAACUUCCGACAGCGAGCCGGACCCGCGCGUAUUUCGCAUCCUGGGGAGUAAAGAGUACGAUCUGUGGGUCGAAUCGGACUUUUACGCGGCGCUGCGCUUGCUGGUGGGGUUAGUCAUGUAUCUGAUGAGCGGGCGCGCACGGUGUGGCAUCCUGCAAUAUAGCUUUAGUUGCUCGCCAUACGAUGAGGAUGACGAGCCCGACUCGGAGGACGAGGAGCUGCGAAGGAAGGCCGCACAGGAGGAAGAAGACGUGGUCUUACAGGAACAGAAGCUGAGGGCCCUGAAGCGGCAAAAGCGGGAGGAGGAUCAGGAGCGGUUCUGGAGACGAGAGGCAAUGCGAUCAUCGACCAAUGACCGCAUUGGAGGAUUCAAGGAUUUUCGUCAACCGUGGUGGGACUGGGUCUGGGAGGACAAGCAUGAUGACGGGUGUGCCAAGGAUGAUGCCGACGUGAUUUUUGAAGGCCCUUAA